AUGAAGUUCACAUUGGAGGAGGAGGAGGUGAUUGAGAUUUCGGAUGAGGGUCGUUUGAAAGAUAUAGAAGAAUGUUCACAGAGUCUAAUUGGCAAGUUCCUCACAUGCAAAUCAUUCAAUAAGAAGGCGACCCAGAAUACACUGAGGAGAUCUUGGGGAUUGGAUGAGGAACUACAGAUUGUAGAGGUGGGUUCAAACUUGUUCCAAUUCAAGUUUAAAUCUGACUUUGAAUUGGAUCGAGUGCUUAAGGGUGGACCUUGGACUUUUGAUAACCAAGCAUUAAUGCUUCGUCGAUGGCAACCAGGAAUGACAGUGGCUAAUGUUAAAUUUACCUCAAUUGCUCUAUGGAUACAAAUAUGGGAUGCUCCAUUUGACAUGAUAUCCCCAAUAGUUGCGGCGGAAAUAGGGAACCGAUUGGGCAAGGUUGUUGAAGUGGAGAAAAGAAGAACACAAGACACACAAAAUUUCUUUAUGAGGGUGAAGGUCGAGCUCCCAACAUCAAAGCCGAUAAGACGAGGGGCAUUCAUUGGUGAAUCAAAGGGCUUACGUACGUGGGUGACUUUCAAGUACGAAAGGCUCCCCAUGUUAAUUUUGCCACUUCUGUGGAGAGUUGGGUCACGAUCUUAA